AUGGCCAUUCUCAACUUGCCCCGAUCUGUCCAAAACAAUGCCUUUUUCUCUCAGAACCCGAUGGCAGCCGCCUUGACUACGGCCGUGAACCAAACGUCCUCAGCCACAUUCACUGUGAAUGAUCAUUCCCAACAUCCACCAUUCUUCCAUCUCGUGCUCCUCGUCUUCGAGGCAGUGUUGGAAGUCGUCUGCGUCAGUCUGCCGGGUUAUUUUGCUGCCCGUCAGGGCAUGUUCGACGCGGAAGCCCAGAAGCUGGUCGCCAACCUCAAUGUGACCUUGUUCACUCCUUGCCUGAUCUUUAUCAAGCUGGGGUCACAAUUGACGGCCGAAACCCUUGCGGAUCUGGCAAUCAUUCCCGUCAUCUUUGUCGUCCAGACUGCAGUCUCCUAUCUGUGUGCCUUUGUGAUGGCACGAUGUUUCCAUUUCGAAAAACGGCAGUCAAAUUUUGUGGCUGCGAUGGCGGUCUUUGGAAAUUCCAACUCCCUGCCCAUUUCCCUCGUCAUGUCACUGUCACAGACCCUCUCCGGCUUACAUUGGGAUCGCAUUCCCAACGACAAUGAUGAAGAGGUGGCGGCGCGAGGUAUUCUAUAUCUGCUGAUCUUCCAGCAGCUGGGACAACUGGUACGCUGGAGUUGGGGAUAUCACGUCUUACUGGCACCCAAGGACCGGUACCUGGAGGAGGCUGAACGGGAAGAGACGGGCCACACUCGGAUCGAGCAGGGCCGGGAGCGGUACAGCGACAACCCGGACCAGACCGAUCCAGACGAGCCCCUGGUGCGCACACGCAGCUCCGAUGACCUGCACCACUCGUCCAGGGACAGCGACCACUUCGACUACUCUGGCGAUCUGACCCCGGUCUCCACGCGCGCCCACCCUCACAGUAAAGGAUCGUCUCUACACUCGGCCGACCAGUAUCGUGAUGACGAGGACUUGGAGUCCACACGACCCGUCUUGGGUCUUCCGCCGCGAGGACCUUUCCUACCUCGGCAGAACACCGGUGCGGGCAUUCUCUCGUUUCCCGACGUAGAAGCCAGUUCGCACGAACCCGAUUUGGCAGACAAAACGUUCGCACACCGCUGCAAGGCCUCUUUCCGCCGUUUCGGCCAUCGCAUGCGCCGCGGCUGGGACAAGCAGACCAAUGUAGUGUACAAACGCCUGCCGACGCCUGUUCAGAAGACUCUCUCCACCCUGACGCGCGGCGUGACUCGAUUCCUUCACGGCCUGUGGGACUUUAUGAACCCGCCUCUGUGGGCCAUGUUGAUUUCGAUCAUCGUCGCCUCGGUGCCCGCACUGCAAAGUCUCUUCUUCGACGAGGGCUUCGUGCGCAACUCGGUGACCCGGGCCGUCGACCAGAAUGCCAAGGUUGCAGUGCCUCUCAUUCUUGUCGUUCUUGGCGCGAACCUGGCUCGGAAUACUCUUUCGGAAGAACACCUGGCCGACAUUGAACAUCCCAGUGCCGAGCGCAAGCUCAUCAUCGCUUCGCUGGUCGCGCGCAUGCUUUUACCCACCCUGAUCAUAGCGCCUCUUCUUGCUCUGACUGCCAAGUUUGUGCCCGUCAGCAUUCUCGACGACCCGAUCUUCAUCGUUGUGUGCUUCCUGUUGACGGGAGCUCCCUCGGCGCUGCAGUUGGCGCAAAUCUGCCAAAUCAACAAUGUUUACGUAGGCGCCAUGUCCAAGUUACUCUUCCAGAGCUACGUCGUGUGGAUCCUACCUUCCACGCUCAUCCUGGUUAUGUGUGCCCUGGAAGUUCUCGAGUGGGCGAGCUAA